GUGAUUUUGCGGUCUUAAUCGAAUCUGGCCUUUCAAUUCGUCGUGCUAUGUUCCUAAAUUUCCUUUCUUCUUUAACUGCAUAUGGAGGCUUAUUUCUUGGCUUAGCAGCAAUUAGUGUUGAUAGUGCAGUGGAGAUAUUACUUGCUAUAACAGCUGGAAUGUUUUUAUAUGUUGCUUGGCUUGAUAUGUUGAUACAUUUGAAAAAAGAAUCAACAUCAACAAACGACAAAUGGUAUAUGACAUUGCUACUUCAGAAUAUCGGUUUCAUCCCAGGAUUUUUGAUUAUGUUUAUAAUUGGUUGGUAUGAGGAAGCACUUGCGAUACUUUAG